UCAAAGAAAUGUCAAGCUUCAGUAUCAUAGAGAAUGUUUCUGUUUACCACGGGGCUAUCAGCAAGGCCACUACUGAGAUGAUCCUGGGUGCAGUGGGGAGAGAUGGGAGUUAUCUACUCCGAGACAGUGAGAGUUUGCCCAACACCUACUGCCUAUGUGUUCUAUGCAAAGAUGUUGUCUACACCUACAGAAUGUUCCAAAUCAAUGAGGGGUCCUGGACAGUUGAGACAAACCCUGGAGUAGACACACGAUUAUUCAGGAAGAUAAGGAAUCUGAUAGCUGCCUUUGGUAAACCAAACCAGGGCCUGGAGAUGCCCCUCCUCUAUCCAGUUGAAAACCAACACACUGACCUGCAGUAGCCAUGAGAUGAUGGCUCCUCUUCAUACUUUGACAACAAUAUAUUUGAAGAACUGUGAAAUGAUUCAAAUUAAAUCAUUUAUGUGUAUUUAUUUUUUGUUUUUCUAUAUUGUUUAAAUCACAUUGUUUGAUUAACUAUUUUUUAAUGUCCAGUUCAAUUUAAACCAGUGGUACUCAUAUUAUUUAAUGAUACAAUGAAAUAAACAUCAAAACAUA